AUGGAGAUGGAGGCGAUGGGGAAGCAGCAGAGGGAGGAGGCGCUCCUCGGGGCCGCCGCCGCCGGCAACCUCCGCCUCCUCAAGAAGAUGGCGAGGUGGAUGGGCUCCGGCGGGCAAGGCGAGGCCGCUGUCCUGGCGGCGGUGGAGGACGGCCAAGGGGACCGCGCGCUGCACCUGGCGGCCGCGGCGGGGCGGCUCGAGGUCUGCAGGUACCUCGUCCAGGACCUCCGCCUCGAUGUCAAUCAGCUCAACCUCAUAGGUGACACGCCACUGUACCUUUCUGCCUCAUAUGGGAGAGCUGAUGCUGCAAGAUAUCUUCUUGAUCAUGGUGCUGAUCCACUAGCUGGCAAAGUACACUCACCUCUCCAUGGCGCUGCAAAGGAAGGACAUUGUGAAAUAGUAGAACUACUGCUUUCAAAAGGAAUCAAUGUGGAUUUAGAUUCUGCACAAGGGACACCAUUGCAUGCAGCUGCUAUUUCUAAACACCAUGACAUAAUUAAGAUCUUGUUGGAGCACCAUGUCGAUCCUAACAAGGUUUACGGUCUUGGUUAUACCCCAUUGAGUUGGGCCAUCCGUGCCAUCAGGCCCAUGCCUAGAGAGCCGUUGGAAUGUGUCAAGCUACUUGUUAAGGCUGGUGCUGAUAUGAAUUUUAUUGACUUUGAUGGUGGUAGUUACGUGAUGUUGGCAGUGAAGUUUGACUCACCUGGCAUCAUGAAGUUCUUACUAGAUGCUGGUGCUAACCCCAAUAUUCCCGAUGAAUGUGGUAGGACACCAAUUGAAGUUGCUGCCUCUAAAGGCAGUAGGGACAUGGUUGAAAUGCUAUUCCCUUUAACUUCUCCUAUUUGA